AUGGGAGUUGGAGGAGCAUUCCAUCUACUACUCGUGUGCCUCAGCCCAGCACUGUUGUCUGCUGUAAGAAUCAACGGGGAUGGCCAGGAGGUCAUGUAUCUGGCAGAAGGUGACAAUGUGAGGCUAGGUUGCCCCUACAUCCUGGAUCCUGAGGACUAUGGUCCCAAUGGUCUGGACAUUGAGUGGAUGCAAGUCAACUCAGAACCUGCACAUAGGGAGAAUGUGUUUCUUACUUAUCAAGACAAGAGGAUCGGCCAUGGCAACCUCCCCCAUCUGCAACAGAGGGUCCGCUUUGCAGCCUCAGACCCCAGCCAGUAUGACGCCUCUAUCAACCUCAUGAACCUGCAGGUAUCUGACACAGCAACCUACGAGUGUCGGGUAAAGAAGACCACCAUGGCCACCAGGAAGGUCAUUGUCACUGUCCAAGCACGUCCUGCGGUUCCCAUGUGCUGGACCGAAGGCCACAUGUCAAAGGGCAAUGAUGUGGUACUGAAGUGCUAUGCCAAUGGAGGCUCUCAGCCCCUGUCCUACAAGUGGGCCAAGAUCAGUGGGCACAGUCACCCCUACCGAGCUGGGUCCUACCACUCCCAGCACAGCUUCCACUCGGAGCUUUCUUAUCAAGAGUCUUUUCACAGCUCCAUCAAUCAAGGCAUGGGCAAUGGGGACCUGGUGCUGAAAAGUAUCAAUGCGGAUGAUGAUGGGCUGUAUCAGUGCACGGUGGCCAACCAUGUGGGCUACAGCGUCUGCGUGGUAGAAGUGAAGGUCUCUGACUCCCAGCGUGUAGGCAUGAUCGUCGGCGCAGUGCUGGGCUCUUUGCUCAUGCUGGCCUGCCUGGCACUAGGCAUCUGGGGGCUCAUCUGCUGCUGCUGCGGAGGCGGCGGGGCUGGUGGCGCCCGCGGUGCCUUCGGCUACGGGGUCGGCGGCGGGGUCGGCGGAGGGGCGUGUGGCGACUUGGCUAGUGAGAUCAGGUAA